GUCCCCGCAACCAUUUUUAUUUCACUCAUGGGAAGUGAAGACGGUACGAGUGGAUUACAUCCACGGUGUCUUCCCGUUUUAAAACCUUCCCCCUGUGUAAGUGGGGCUAAUAAUGAGGCAGCAGCGGGCUGUCCUGGGAACCAGUCUGGCCAGAGGAAACCGGGAUCCAAGCACAGCUCCGAACACCGAACUAGCUAAACGACUUCCCUUUCCCGAGCUGCAGACUUGAGACUGCCUGCCUCGUCUGCGAAGUCGGCAGGACUCCGUCUUCCACCGCCGCGCUUGGCCUGCCCUGGGACCGGGGGGCUCUGAGCCUCGGUUUCCCCGCCUGUCGCACGGAUGCACUAAUGAUCUCAUUUUGGGGGCGCUCCCGUCGCAGCCUGGGACGCGCGCUUCCCGAUGUCCGUCCCGCCGAGCUUCCCGCGGCUCCGCCCGGGAGCCCAGUUUUGCUCGGGCACGCCCGCCCGCCCCCUCCGCAUCGCUUACUCCGCUCCGGGUUUUGCCGCUCGCUUGGCCCAGCGGCCCGUCGGGGGCGCGCUCGGCGCCGGAGCCGUGGCGGGGGCGCGCAGGGCGGGGUCGCGCCUCCUCCCGCGUCUCCUGUUUCAGCCGCUGCUACAGGGGCACCCAAGAUGGAAAUCCAGGGGCUGCUCGCGGCCCAGACCCCGCGCGAGAACCAACAUGGCGGCGGCGGCCGCGGCGGCGCCGCUUGUCCCCGGCCGCCGCCGCUGCCCGCGGCCGCCCGAGCCUGCGGAGGGCCCGGCCCGCCGGCCGCCUCGGCCCCCGCGCGGCGCCGCCUGGUCCGGGGCCCGGAAGAUGGCGGGUCGCUGCUGCGACGGGAGAAGCCGCCGCCGCCGCCGCCGGCCGCCGCCCGGGAGGCCGAGCUGACCUCGGCCGCCGACCUGAGCCUGCCGCUGCUGCUUUUGGAGGAGAAGCCGCCGCCGCCGCCCCCGGCCCGCUCACCGAUUCCGGCCCCUCCUUUCCUCCGCGCAGCUGCCGCUCCUUGCGCCCGGCCCGGCGGCGGCGGCGGCGGCCGGUCCCUGGUGGUGCUCAACCUAGGGCGCGGAGCCGAGGCGGAGGCCGGCGCCGGGGCGGCCAAGCCCCGGCCGGGGGAGGCGGCGGCGGCGGCCACGCUCAAGGACGAGGGCGGAGACGGCGACGGGCCGGGCGGCCGGCCCCCCGCGCCCCCAGCCCCGCGAGCGCCCGCCACCCGGCGCCCUGGUGCCGUUCCUGCCGCCGCCGCCGCCGCCUUCUCGGGCACCAUUACCAUCAACAACCAGAACCUCAUCGUGCGCAUCGGCAGCCCUGCGCCGGCGGCGCCCGGGCGCAGGCCCGGAGCCAAGGGCGGGCCGCAGCCCGCGCCGCCGGCAGCCGCCCUGGGCCACGCCGAUCCGCCCGAGCUGGCCCUGCCCGACCCCGUGGCCAGCUUCCUGCUGGCCGAGCCCGCGGCCAAGGCCGCCGCCGCGCCCCGCCAGCCGGGCGCGAGGCCCAGGCGAGCCCGCCGAGGGCGCGGCGUCGUGCUGCUUUACCACUGCCCCGAGCCCGGCUGCCCGCAGACCUUCCCCAAAAAGCACCAGCUGAAGCUGCACCUGCUGUCGCACAGCAGCACGCAGGGCCAGCGGCCCUUCAAGUGCCCCCUGGACGGCUGCGGCUGGUCCUUCACCACGUCCUACAAGCUCAAGCGGCACCUGCAGUCGCACGACAAGCUGCGGCCCUUCAGUUGCCCCGCGGGUGGCUGCGGUAAGCGGUUCACCACGGUCUACAACCUCAAGGCGCACAUGAAGGGCCACGAGCAGGAGAAUACGUUCAAGUGCGAGGUGUGCGCCGAGCGCUUCCCGACGCACGCCAAGCUCGCGGCGCACCAGCGCAGCCACUUCGAGCCCGAGCGGCCCUACAAGUGCGAGUUCCCCGGUUGUGAAAAAACCUUCAUCACAGUAAGUGCUUUAUUUUCCCAUAACCGAGCCCAUUUCAGAGAACAAGAGCUGUUUUCCUGCUCCUUUCCUGGAUGCAACAAGCAGUAUGAUAAAGCCUGUCGCCUAAAAAUCCAUCUAAGGAGUCAUACAGGUGAAAGGCCUUUCAUCUGUGAUUCGGAUGGUUGUGGCUGGUCCUUUACCAGUAUGUCUAAACUUCUGAGGCACAAAAGGAAACAUGAAGACGACAGGAGGUUUACAUGUCCAGUAGAAGGUUGUGGUAAAUCAUUUACAAGAGCAGAACAUUUGAAAGGCCAUAGUGUAACCCAUCUGGGCACAAAGCCAUUUGAAUGUCCAGUAGAAGGUUGCUGUGCUCGGUUCUCUGCACGGAGUAGUCUGUACAUCCACUCAAAGAAACACCUUCAGGAUGUGGAUGCUCUGAGGAGCCGCUGCCCUGUAUCAAGUUGCAAUAAGUUGUUCACAUCCAAGCACAGUAUGAAGUCUCACAUGGCCAAACAGCAUAACUUUAGUUCGGAUCUCUUAAGCCAGCUUGAAGCUACAAGUUUUCUUACACCCAGCAGUGAACUUACCAGCCCGGCGCAGAACGAUCUUAGCAAUAUAGACCUUGUGUCUCUCUUCUCUAAUGUGUCUAGUAACAAUUCUGCAAUUACAACAGACAUGGCAUUAGUGAACUCUGGAAUUUUGACAAUAGAUGUUGCUUCAGUGAGCUCAACUCUUGGGGGGAACCUUUCUGUUAAUAAUAAUAACAAUUCCUUGGGGCAGGCUGUGGACCCUUUGAUAUUGGUGGCCAGCAGUGAUAUGCCUCACAGUCUCGAUAGCUCUCUGUUGCUGGGUACAACCACCACAGUUUUACAACAAAGCACUUUAAAUUUGGAUGAUGUCCAGACUGUAAAUGCAGAAGCACUGGGGUCUCUGGCAUCUCUGUCGGUGAAGAACUCUGGUCAAGAUCUUCCUACUCUGACAUCUAGCAAUAACUUAACAAUAGAGCCAGCCACACUAACUCCGUCCAGCCGCCUCACUGGGAGCAAUGUUCCUGGACUCCUGACGCCACCCAAAACCGAACAGGACUUGCUUCCUAGCUCAGACGUUGUUGGACAACAGGAAGGGAGCAAAGUUGUGACUCAGUUUGUAUUCUCCAACCCAACAGCAAGCUACAGUGCUCAGAAAGAAAUGGAUCUUAACACAGUGCCUGGGAGCUCAUUUUUGGAAAGUGGGGGCUCAGCAAGAACUGAUUAUCGAGCCAUUCAGCUAGUCAAGAAAAAAAAAGAGAAAGGGCCAGGAAGCAGCACAGGGUCAUCAGGAUCUACUCAAAGGAAAUUAAAAGGUGGCAAAGUGAGUCCCACUAAUUUCUCCACAAGUCAUAGCAGUCGAUUAUGUGGGAAUAUUGUAGUGCCGAAUGGAGGCUUAACAGUACGAGAUCCAACAACUGGAGCUCACUUUGUUCAGAUUCAGUUGUUACAGGAUGAUCCCCCGGGCGAUGGAGAUUCACCAUUUCAGCUUAGCUCUCAGUCUUCCACAACACAUUCUCAGCUUACUGUGGAUUUACCAGUACAUAUACUUCAGGAGCCACAUACUUCAACCGAGGACGAUGCUGGUUCUGAUAACUCACAGUUCACAGGAAGCACAAUAAAUUUACAGGACCUAGAAUGAGACUAUUAAUAUUACUUUGGGGGCGGGGAGGGAUGCAAAGAGUGCAAUCAUGCUAUGGAAAAUGGAAAAGGAUGUUUCCAGAGCUUAAUUUUUAAAGAAAAUGUGAAAAAAAAAUGGAGCUAACGCAUCUUAUUUUAUGGUUCCACACAAAGAGUUCCUUCGGAAGACUCUUUGAUGUAUCAAUAGAUGUUGUUUGCCUUCUGUUUGGACUGUUAGGAAAGAGUCCUUGGGUUGGGUUGGGUUGUAUGAAGCUGCCUUGCAGAAUAGAAGGGCUAUGAUAAAAAUAAGCACUUUGAUCCAGUAAUUUAUACCAUUUGGUUUGUGAACCUGCCUUUCCAUUGUCGAACUUGUCACAAAUGACUCCUUAAAUAAGGAUUCUUGGGAGGGGGACAAAGAUUGAGGCUGGUCAGUAAAUGUGAGAUCAGUCAUCUGACCAUUCUCUGGGCACUUAGACUAGAAGGGAGGAAGGUGCCCUGAUGGGGACCUGGCACUUGUUGAGCUGAGGGAAUGGAUUGUCCUCUGAGAGUGCCGAGACAGAAUCCCAGACUCUGGAUGAGCAUCCUCUCUUUGGAUGCCCUUGGGCUGGCACAAUCCCAGCACUUGGACUAGGGAGGAUUAGAACUGGGAGAGAUCUGAGAAGCCGUCUUAACAAGGCCCUUAUUUAUAGAGGAAAUUGGGGCUCCGAGGGGGUCACAGCAGCAUUUGAACCUAUAUGUCUUCCUGAUUCCAAGUCCAGCUCUGUGUCCACUCUGCUGCACUGCCCUCGUCCAACACGGCAUCAGUCUGGCUGUUGCGUAAGACAGUCUUGGUUAGCCUCCCAAGGAGGUGAAGGUGGGAGCCUCGAUGUCGUGAUGUCAAGGAUUUCUGUCUGGAGGGGCUCUUCACCAGCCCAGGCCCCGUCUCUGUUUCUCAUCUCAGAGCCGUUUGGGCGAGAUUGCGAUGCUUCCACACUGGCCGCUCCACAUUACCUCCAGCCCUGGUGUGUGAGCAGGCAGGACUUCCCUUCGGUAUGCAUCAGCCUGUUUGGAACAAGAGGAAAAAGCAGGAUGAUGGAGUGCGUAUUGGAGUGGGUUUCUGGCCAUCUUGGUAUUCACACCCCAUAUAAAAUUUGGGCCAUAGAGUUUACCUUUUAAAAAAUUAAAUUUUACAUUUGGGUAUUUACAUUUGUUGGUCACUUGACAAUAGUUUUUAAAGUGUGUCCUGAAUGCCUAUAAAAUUAUGUAUAGGAUUUAAUAAUGGUAUGGCUUGUAUACCUUUCCUGUUGUGAGGUCUAAAAGAUGUGCUUUGUAUAUUAUGUAUAAAUAGUAUUUUUUACAAAGGAAGCCUUGUCAUACAAAAGGACAUGAAUUUAUAACCUUGCACAUAUUUAUUUGUUAUUUACUGUUACGGAAUUCACACAGGGUCGUUCAGAAAUGCUUUUUUUUUUCUUGUGCCUUUGGAAGUCUAUGCUUGUGUAAAGAUGCUGUUUUGUUUCUCGGAACUGAAAGGAAUACAGAUUCCUCCUACUCUGCA